ACGCAGCAGUAAUGAAGCCAGCGGUCUCCAACCCUCAGUACGGGUAGAAGAAGCUAAAGAAGCUGACUCGAGUGCAACUGUGUGAAAACACGCUAACGUUGUAGCUGAGCGUGGAUGCUAUUAACGGAUAUUUGUUUUCAAGAAAAGCGCGUAUUGUUAAGGGCCAACAUGAGCAGCUUUAGUAGAGCGGACAGACACAAGGCAGCACAAUACUAUGGAGCAUCAAAGUCUGACCUGGAGAGAGAUUCUGGCUUCUCAGAUGCCAGCUCUGAGCACCUCGGUGCAGUCGAUCGGACGGACUCUGAAGGUGCAGGAGGAAAUGGGUUCAUAGUUGGCCACGACCCGGUUGCUGUGAUGAGAGGCUCAUAUGCUGGACUGUCGCCAAUGAUCAUCAUGAACAACUUUGUAUUGAAGCAGCCAUCCCCGAUGUCCCCCUCAAAAAAACAUUGGGGCUUUCCUUCACCCUUGGACGUUCUCCCCCAGUCACAGAUGGUUCUCCUCCAAACCGUGGUAUCAAAUAGUAGCAGCAGCUCCUCGAGCACCGGUUCUGAAAGUACCCCCAAAUCAAAAAGCUACGUUCCCAUCCUUAAGUCGUAUCCCAAAAUCGCCCCACACCAAUCAGACGUGCCCACUAAGAGGGCGGGAUCCUCCAAGGUGAGGUUGAGUUCCACACCGGGACAUGACCAGCGACACAAGAGGCAUCCUCGCGGCCACAGGCUCCACAGCUCUCCCAGCCUGCAGCCGGCGCUGCAGACCGGAAUCCAAUCCGUCUCAGACUCUGCGGCGGGCGACGACCGGUCGCAGGCGGCCGGGGUUCAAGGCGGUAACUCCGCGCUGCCCGAUGACGCGGACGAGCCCCCGAGAAACGUCGACGCUACGGGGAUGGACGGCGACCAGGACGACGCUUUCUCAAUGGACGUCAACAAACUGAAACGUUUCAGUAACACCUACAACGUUCUUAACAAGUCGGGCCUGCUGGGGAUCACCUUGCGCACCAAGCAGCUGAUCAAGGAGAAUAAGCGCACACAGGGCCAGCUGAGGGAGCUGCGGGAGCAAACGGUUCUGCUGCUGGAGGCUCAGAGCAGCGGAGACCCGCGUCUCUGGACCAAGCUGCAGCUCUCUCUGCAGCACGCGGACAGGAGCAACGCGGAGCCAAAGCUCAGAGAGUCCCGGUGUGAGACAGCGGUGGACGCGACGGGCGGCUCUCGAUCAGAGGGCCACAAGGUGAUUUAUUGAACGGUGAAAUGUACAUCGCAAAUCCAUGCGACUGAAGCUGUCUUGGUGCAAAGUAGUCUGGGUACAAUAGCAGGACAGUGCGAAGCAUCGAAACAGUCAGGACAGCUGGCCUGAUAAAAAGCAGAUGAAGAGAUUAAAACCAAGGGGAAGUUAAGAAGAACGCUUACAUAUUGAAGUACAUAUACAGCCUGGUGCCUCGGAGAGAUCAGAUUGUUGGCCAAAACAUAGUGUGGUUUUGUUACUCAAGUUACCAAGAUUAAAGCUGUAUGAAUCAACCCAAGCACAUUAUAAGGGGUUUGCCAGCUCUCUGGUAAGGCAAGUUUAUCUUUUAACUACUUAACUUAGACUGCAGCAAGUGAAAUGCUGCGAGGAAAAUACAACUAAAUUGUUUUAUAUUUCAGACACUUGCACUUUAGUAAGAAGGCUGACAACUUUUUCAGACAAAUGUCACAGCUUCUUUUGUGAGAUGAAAAUGAUGUCUGAUGAACCAAUGUGAGUACACAUGUUUAUUCGGAUGCUUGUGCCUUUUUGAAAAUGCUCAUUUUGUUGCAUUCGAUGGUUGAGCAGCUUAGACUGUAAACGUCACGUGAAGAGGAAGAUUGAAUGUAUUAAAGGUUUUCCAAAGAUUUUACAUUCUUAUCUGAAACAAAACACACCAUGUCCUGGCUGGGUGGUCCAAAGUUAACGUGGAAAGAAGAGCAUGAAAACCAGUUAAGUCAUUAAUGUUUCAGUUUUGUGACUUAAUGUUAAAUUGAGGUUAACUAGUGUAUUGUGUUAAACAAAAACAUAUGCUGCAGUAAUCAUUUCUAACCCCAAGGAAUUAUAAACAAAUAAUCAAACUAUCCUUAGUUGUAAAAGGGCAGAAAGAGGGUUACAAAGAAUAUUUUAGACUUUUGUAUUAUUGUAAAAGAAUGUUUUCUGUGGUAUUUCUUUACUAAAUGUGACUAACUAACAAACGCCUGUCAUAAAACUCUGUUUAAAGACUCUU